AUGGACCUUCUAGUCGCCUUGGAGACAAUACGCAAUGCAUCUGAUGCCAAUCUUCACUCGUAUGCAGCACAGACCAUUUUGACGCUUAGGAGAGUCGGUCAACGUCUUCAGCACAACCUAAUACCGUCGACACCUGGUUUUCAGGCGACUCUUACGGACUCACCAAGCGUGCCAUCUCCUCCACUUUCACCUCAUCUUCUUCAAGUUGCAGUACCCGGACGUGUGCCAAAUUCAAAUUCCAAAUCUCCUCAACCUCUUCAGGCUGCCGGGUUAACCGAUCAUUUUGAAACCCUAAGCGUGCCAUCUCCUCCACAUUCACCUCAACCUUUCCAAGUUGCUGGAACGACGGCACUUAGCAACCAAGGCGUCUUGUCUCCACAAACAUCUCACUUCGCUAGCCUGCAAGUUUCCACUCCAACCACCCAGUUGAUACCGAUCAGAGACGCCUCCAGGAGUUCUAUACCCGCGGAAUCCAAACGUGUUCUUCUACCUCCAGACCAUAUCCCUGACUUAUUGAAACGAAUAAAGCAAUCAGCAAGUUGGGUGUGGGAAGCUAGCCAAAAGUUACCAAGCCACCUACUAUCUCGCAAGCGAAAUUGUGACGAGGAUCUUCGAUUGGAGCACAUAAGGCGCAUAGAUGGAGAUCGAGGACUUGGUCCCGAGGCUAAGCUCUUGAGACUUCUUGCCCUUAGGUCCAUUGCUCUGGAAUUCACAAACGAACAGCUAGAUCACGAAGUUUAUCCGACGAAACUUGAGGAAAUUUAUAAACACAUCUUGUCUCCAACUUCUUCUGAAAUCAAUAUUUUCAAUUAUGGGAACAACAGUUUCUUCUCGAAAGCCUUAUCUACUGGUCUCAAGCAUAUGGUUUUUGAAAAGAUCAUUUCCGAACGCCUAAAAGAAAAUGAUUUGCCAAGCAUAUGCAAUGCAAUUUCCGCCAUUGCUGGACUGCAUAUAGAUCAAUUUCGAAGAUUCCGCUAUGACGAAAUGCAAGGCUUUGCGGACAAAUUAAUUUCAGGCGAUAUAUAUGUCACGAUUUUGCAGAGCAAGAUACAUCUGCUCGACCUAGUACGAGACCUUAGCCCAUGGUUCAAUCAAUUGCAAAAUUCCUACAAUUUUUCGGGGAUAGAAUCGGGGAGAGAGAAGUUCCGAAGAACCGAUAAUUCCGCUGGAUGCCCUGUCUCUGUUUCGCCAGAUUCGGUUCCAUCGAACUUGGAGUUUACAAACAUCGAUGACACCGACGACGGAGCCGAAUCGCUAAACCCAGAGGAUUGUACCGAGGCCGAAUUUGCGCACCGUUUCUAUGAACAAAUUUCCAACCAACCCAUUGAUGUUUCCGGAAUUAUGGAUGAUAUUGCCCAAAGGUCUUGCUUUGAUUUUGAACAAAUCACUCCACUGCACAAUCUCGGUCUAUGA